CGGUGCGAGUUGGGAAGACACGCCCAAGAUGGCGGCAGGAUUGAAAAGUUUCGCCCGGCGGGUUGUGCUGUAACCGGGCGGCGGCCAGCAGUGCUACGGCCGUGUCGGUGUGGCCGCGGUAGCCGUGCGUUGAGGCAUCCGUCAGAUGCGGUUGCAGUAAUGUCAUUGUGGGCGGGAACGGGGGGAUUUGUCGCCGCCGUCGCCCUGAUUGCAAGGAGUUGUCGCCGGUUGUUCAGCUAGAGAUGGAGGAUGAUGCGAAGAAAGGUAAAAAGCCUGGAAUCGUGUCGCCAUUUAAGCGGGUAUUCCUGAAAGGAGAGAAGGGGCGUGAUAAGAAGGCACAAGAAAAGGUUACUGAGAGAAGACCCUUGCAUACAGUUACACUGGCCUUGCCAGAUCAUAGAGUUGAUCCAGAGAUUCUCUUGAAUGAUUACAUUGAAAAGGAAGUAAAGUAUUUGGGGCAGCUCGCAUCUGUGCCUGGGUAUCUAAAUCCAUCCAGCCGAACUGAAAUAUUGCACUUAUUGGAUAAUGCAAGGAGGGCACAUCAACUCCCAGGACCACUAACGCAAGAACAGGACGCAGUAAUUACUGUGUCUGCAUACAAUAUUAAAUUGGUGUGGCGGGAUGGAGAAGACAUCAUUCUUAGAGUUCCAAUCCAUGACAUUGCAGCAGUCUCUUAUAUUCGGGAUGAUUCCCUUCAUCUGGUCAUUUUUAAAACUGCCAGUGACUCUGGAAAUUCAACAAAUCAGAACACUGAAGGUUUAACUAAAUUACAGGUGUCAGAAAGUAGAUCUGGAACCAUGGAAGCAUGUACUCUGGUCGUUGUUGUUGCAGAAAACAAAGCAGCUGCAGAAGAACUUUGUUCCCUUCUCAGUCAAGUCUUCCAAGUUGUUUACACAGAGUCCACAAUAGACUUUUUGGAUAGAGCAAUAUUUGAUGGUGCUUCUACUCCAACUAAGCCCAUGUCCAUAUACAGUGAUGAUUCUUCAAGUAAAGCAGAUGUUAAAGAACCUUAUGAUGCAGAAAUUAGUAAUUUGUCUUUUCAGGGAUCUGAUACUGGUGGAAAUUCUCCAUCUUCAACUCUACCAUCUCCUCAGAUGAAAAAUAUCAACGAAGGAGAACUAAGUGCUUCUGCAGCUGAACUCCUUCAGGAUUAUAUGAUGACAUUGAGAACCAAGUUGACAUCUGAAGAAAUCCAAAAGUUUGCUAUGCUUCUGCAUGAAUAUCGAAAUGGUGCCUCAAUUCAUGAAUUUUGCAUCAGUCUUCGACAAUUGUAUGGUGAUGGUAGAAAAUUUCUAUUGCUUGGGCUCAGGCCUUUUAUUCCAGAAAAAGACAGCUUACAUUUUGAAAACUUUCUAGAAACCAUUGGUGUCAAGGAUGGAAGGGGCAUUAUAACAGACAGUUUUGGCCGAUGCAGAAGGACUUUAAGUAAUGCAUCCAAUUCUACUACCAAUGGCAAUGGAGCAACCGCAGGCUCAGAUGAUCAGUCAGUGCCUUCCGAAGGUGAUGAAUGGGACAAAAUGAUCUCCGAUAUCAGCCAUGAUAUUGAGGCGCUUGGUAGCAGCAUGGAUCAUGAUUCAUCUUGAAAAUGUAAUAUUUGCACAUCCUGUUAUUGCCUUCAGACUUGUUUCUUAUACAGAUGUGUUCCUAAAUGAAGUUUACUACAAUGUGAAUAUUUAAAUGAAUUGUUAAAACAUUUCUACAAAAUGAAGAACAUGAAAUCAUGCCAUAACUUUUUUAUUGUAGAAAAUUGCAUAUUUGUAUUCAAACAUUUUUGUAGCAGCAAGUAGUUUUAGGCUUGAUUGUUCCAGUAGUGGGCAAGGCCUUUCUGGUCGUAUCACAUGGUUUUGUAUCCCAUCUGCACAAGGUUACAUAUUACAGUAUGGUGUGAUGGGGGUGAUUUAAACUUUUUUCUGGACAAAUCAUCUAUUUUUACCGUGUAGUUUCAAGAAGCUGUAUGUCCCAACUCUUAUGUAGUGUGAUAGAUGCUCCCUGGUGCAGUCAUCAAAUACUGCACACUUCAACUGCUUCAUAUCUAAAUGGCUGCACAUUAAAUAUAACUAUAAAUUUGGCUGAAUGUGACCAAAAUAGGCAAUUUGUUUUCUUGGGGAAGGACGAUGAGAGUUUGGAAGGUGCCAGGAUCCUGCAUCAGAGUUGGCAUUCUGCUGCUUUAAGAAUUUCUGCAACAAUUUGCCUAUUUUCCUUUAAUGUUAAUAAUCUACUCCCAGUUUUUUGUUUUUUUUUAAACACUUCAUGAUCGUAAUAUGACAUAAGAAAAUGUCAAUAAAUCAUUGUAUUUAAAAACAAAGGGUUAAUGUUCUGGUGAAAUGAAAUAAUAGGCUACACCAUAAUGGUGUCUGCAUAUACUUUGUUGAAACUGUGGUAUUUUAUGCACACCCAAUGCAAAUAUUUUCAAAACCUAAAAUUACAUUCUAAAAAGGAUUACUCAAUCAUAUCCCAUUAAUUGAACACUUUUGCUAUUAUGUGCUGCUUUGUCAUCAAAUGAAAACUGGUGAAUACAUUUAUCAUGAAAUUACAGCAAAUAUUAACUUUAAAACUUGGGGAAUGGUCCUUUUGGGUGCUGUAUAUAGACUGCAUAUAAAUGACACCUUGACCCAUUUUAAUUCAACAAAUUUAUUUAUUGGAAUCUUUCAGGAUUUUAUACCAUUGCAUGUACUGUAUUGUUAUUUUAUGUGAUGUGGAGUGGAUAGAAUGUGGGAAUUUUUGUGUAGCAUGUAAUCCUAGAAAACCUCAAUCAAUCUGAAUUAAUCGGUUUUGCUAGUAAUGCCAGUAUCACUGUCCUUGGAACCACAUGCAUUAUUGUUACGAUGUAUGUUUUAAUAUCCAAUCUUUUUUAUGCAUGAAAUCAAUUAGUAGUAAUAUUUUAAUUGUACUCUUGAGUUAUAUUCACAAUUGCAAUAUGCUACUUUAAGUUUGUUUUCAGAGUUACUCUCCUUUGAUUAAUGUAAUUUAAAAUAUUGAGUUGAACACCAGUGACAUUGUUCUGGUAAAGUUGCAAUGUGGGUUUCCCAGUCUAGGUGUUAAACAUUAAUUGCAUGUAUGCAAGAUGGUGUGUGUGUGUGUGUGAAUAGUAUAAUUGCAAUAAUUGCCUUCUAUUAAAUAUUGGAAAGGAUUUGGGGAAGUACAAUCAUGUGAACAAUUUCAGGUACAUGUAAUGUGAUGGGAAUAAUCAUAUAACUAUCAAGCAAUGUAAAUAGCCCACUCUGGAUAAGAAUAUUUGAACUAGUUUCCAUAUUCUCUUAACAUUUGUCAUUGGGGAACUACUUUGGCAUAUUCAAUACAUUUUUGGCUAAAGUUAUCCUUUUGUAAUCCUGUGUCCAAAUUCUUGCUCACUUAUAAUGGUCUAGUUGUUUGUGGCAAGACUUGAUGUAAAACCUUAUGGCAAGUUAGAACCCCAACUAUCUCAGAGAUCCAUGCUGAUUUUAAUAUUCGAAACAUCAUUCCUGCUUGUAGAAAUGCACUGAUUAAGUGAAAGCAUGUUUUGAAGGUUUUCAUUUUAGUCCUGUACAGUAGAUAUUUCAAAAUGUUAGUUUCUGUGACAAUCUAUCAUUUUGUGACAAGCACAAACUGGCUUUUUACGCAAGGACUACAUUUUUUUUAAUGAUCUUUUAUAAAUUCAAUUUUAAGUUUGUUAAAGAUCCAGUGUUUUUGUAUGAAGUUUUAACCAUUGUUUUCAAUAUGUAGACUGUGAAUUAUGACUGAAGGAAUGAUUGGCCAUUUUAAAACUUGUGCAUGUUGCAGUGGUCAGCCAAUUAGAAUGAUUGUGCUACAAUCUGCUGUUACCUGUGUUAAAUAUUUAACAUAUUCUUGCACUGUCAACUGGAUCAUCUGAUACAACCCAGAAGUUUAACUUAAAGAUUGGGAUUCUAGCCCAGACUUGCAAUGAAACUGUUCCCACCAAAUCCUGCUUUCUGUAGUCAUUCGUGGCAGUUGUACUAUAGCUUGAUAGCACAUCUAUUUGCUUACCAGUUUUAAUCCUUGGAGAAGGAUGGGGGGGGGGGGGGGGGGAGGGUUGGAAAUAACAUGGGCUAUAGUAACUUGCACGCUCCAAGGUUUUACAUUUUUUCAGCACAGAUUUUCUUUGGGUGUCCUUGUUCCAUUGAUUGUGGUGGGGUGGAUGAAAUGGAAGCCAGUGACAUUUUUUUUGUUUUGAAGUUCAUGCUACAAAGGGACAUUUUAUCUGUAAUAUCUGUAAAUGUGUUAGAAAUAGAACCACUGUAGAAAUCUAAUGGCGACUUAGCAAACUGAAGGCAAGAGAUUUUGUUAGUUUUCCUUUAAACUAAAAUUAACAGUUGCAGUAUUCUAAGGUCAUACAGUAAUGUAGCACAUAUGCAGUAAGGGGAAAACGUUGCCUGUUUGAAGAUACCAGAAUUGAUUUUUAAUCCUGUAGUUUUGGGACAUGUGCACUUUGUGUUAAACAUGUGAAGAAAUUAAUUAGUCAUUAAAAAAUGAUGUAUUUCCUGCAAUUUACCUACAGUAUCCAUUGUGUACAAUAUUCUGGUAAAAAAACAAUUCCUGACCAUGGGAAGUAUAGCGGUUUUCAGCAAAUAAUAAAGCUAUAUUCUAGAGUAGGUCAAAUGCAUAUUUAUUUUUGGAUUUAUUUAUAUUAAGUCAGUUUAAUACAUUUGGCAUCUUUGCUAUAUUCCUAUGUGGAGAAUUGUUCCAGCUUGCAUAUUUUGCCUAUGACUAAAACUUUUAAUCCACAUUGUUAUAUUGCUCAAUUUUUAAAGAUUCGUAUCUCUGAAUGUUCUGUCGUGAUACAUUUUGUGUUAAUGGUCAGUAUUGAUGUGUACUGGGACCAUAUGUAGCAAAGUUUUGGUGUGUUUUUGCAGUUAUUGCCUUACAUUUGAGUUUGGAUAUUAAUUGAACAUGGUUACAUCUGAGAGAAAGAUUGCAUUAUUCAAAUAUUUAAUGUACUGACAAAAAUUAAAAAUUAUUUCACUUUGUAA